AUGAAUCUUCUUUUGCUGUCUUUGCUUAUUAUACAAAACGUCACGAGCUACAUUGAGAAUUUCAAAAAUGGAGUCAACACACAGUUCGUUAAAGAUAAGGUGAAGUACGGUCCUGGAAACGAGGUGCACAAUUUGAACUCCCUGUGCGGGGCAGACCUCCAAGGGAACACCGGAACGGCUGGUUCCUAUUUCAAGUCACACCAUCCCAAAAUUGACGUGAAAAAGUUGGACUCCCUUUUGAACGCAUCUAAUUAUCUGAACCCGCUUCAGUAUCUCCUAAAAAGUAGUGAAUCUGUGAAGAUGUUCGCCAACUCAGCUAGCCAGUUGUCAACAUAUAGGUUAUCUCGAAAGCUAAACGAUGAUUCUUCAAAUUACGAUGAUGGAGAAGACGAGGACAGUUUUAUCGAAACAGAUGGAAGUGACCAGAUGACCGAUAAGGAGGAUGAUAAUGAAGACAAGGAUCAGUUUGACGACGAAAACGCCGAUAGCUUUCUGGAAAAGGAUGAGUAUGACGAUGCUAGCGAUACCGAUAAUGAUCAUGACACAGAGAAUGAUGAAUUUUCCGCAGACCAUGAAGAUAGCUUCCUUGAAAAAGACGAAUACGAUGACGCCAGUGACAACGAGAACGACGAAUUCUAUGACGACGAUGCAGAAAGCUUUCUCGAGCAGGAGGAGUAUGACGAACUAAGUGAUAACGAGAAUGAUGAAUUCGAGGAAGACCAUGGGGAUAGCUUCCUAGAAAAAGAGGAUGGCGAUGAGGACAAAAGUGAGGACAGUAGCGAAGACAAUGGAAAGGACUACAAAGAGGAGUACCAAAGUAAAAUGACUGACGAUGACUACCCGGAUGAGUACGUUGGAUCGGACGAUCAGAGCAGUGGAAAUGUAAAGAACCAAAAUGGAAAAGGCGCAACUGGAAAUGACCAAAAUGGAAACGCCGCAAAUGAAAACGACCAAAGUGGAAACAAUGUGACUGAAAAAAAAAAUAAAGAGAAGGAAAGCUUUUUAGAGAAGAACGUGAAUGGACACACAGAAGAAGAAGAUGAAAAGCACAGCACCUUUGUGUCUAGCUAUCUAGAUAAGGACGACACGGAGGAUAAAUUUAACGAUGAAUUUGACGAUGAGGCAAGCUUUCUAGAAGAGGACUCGUACAGCCAUAAUGACGACGAGGAGAGUGAUGACACCUUCGAUGAUUACUACCAGGAUAGCUUCCUGGAGCGCGGAAAACUCGGAACGACAUAUAGUGAUUACUACGAGGAGGACGCCGAUGAGCAGGAUGCCAAGGAGGACAACGAAGACGCCUUCGACAACUACCACCUGAACGAGAUAACCACCACCAACGAUGUGCACUCCUUUAUCCAAAAGGACAUGGGAUAUCUUGACGAAAUCAUCAAUGACAAUGAAACUAUAAAGGAGGCCGUGAAGAAGGGAUCCAAGAAGGCAGCGAAGCAGUCCAUGCAGAAGCUGAACCUUCUUGAAGACGAAGACCUUGACGAGAAAGAAUCCUUUACGGAUGAUGAACUAAAUGGGUUCAUGGAGGAAAAUAUGGGUGCAUCUAAGUUAGAUGCGAAAAAGGCUAAAACGACCUUGAGUAACUCGAAAAAUAAGAAAAAUGCAGCCAACGCUGUGGGUAAGGCUAGCGCCUCGAACGUCAACGCGGGCACCUCGACCAAAGCAACCAACACAACCAACGCCGCUACGAAGAGCAACAGCGAGGCGAGCAAAAAGCAAACCGACCUGUCCAACGAAGAUCUGUUCAAUGAUGAACUAACCGAAGAGGUCAUUGCAGAUUCGUACGAAGAGGGAGGAAACCUAGGAACCGAGGAAGGUGAAGGUCUCACAAAUUCAUUAAACGACAAGCUGCUAGACCAAGGAGUCAAUGAAAACAUCCUGCUGAACGAUAACAACAUGAUUUUCAACGCACACAUGGUUCCACAUAAGAAGCGAGAAUUGUACAUCUCUCCACACAAGCAUACCUCUGCGACAAGCAGUACAAAUGGCAAGCACCACACGGUGGACGCGGACGCGGAUGCCUUGGACAAAAAACUUACGGCUAACGAAAUGCUCGAACUGGAAAAAGGAGAAGGCAACAACUCAGUCAUUGUGGAAACGGAAGAAGUGGAUGUUGACUUAAACGGAGGCAAGUCAAGCAGCUCCGUGUCCUUCCUCAGCUCCGUAGUUUUCUUGCUCCUCGGAUUGUUAUGUUUCGUUCAUUAA